AUGUCUUUCCGGUUACAUCUCGUUCGGCACGCAGAGGGGAUACACAACCCCGGCCACGACACAACCAUUCUCGAUCCUCCAUUGACAGAAAAGGGGAUCGCACAAUGCCUGAAACUCUGCGAAGACUUUCCGUUCAAGGAGAGUGUUGGCCUAGUAAUGACAUCUCCGCUCCGACGCACUCUUCAAACAGCACGUCUGGGCUUCCAACAAACCAUCGAUGAGAAGUUUUACGCCCAAGGCUCCGGGGCAGGAGUUCAAAAUGGAGCAACCCUUUUGUUAGAGCCAGAUGUGCAAGCACACUCCGCUCGGCCAUGUGACACUGGCUCAGAUAUCGCGAUUUUACGUUCGGAGUUUUACGAUCUCCCAUGGGAAAUCUUGGAUUUAGAUCCCACAUUCCCAGCAAAGGAGGGGCUUUAUGCCAGUGAUCCGGAGAGCUUGAGUCUGCGCGGAGCACGAAUUCAGCGUCGAUUGGAGCAGAAAUUUAAAGAACUGAAGGACAGCAAAAGACCUGACAUUGCCGUUGUUACACAUGGCGGGUUUUUGAGCUCCGUCAUCGGUCAGGAGAAAACAGAAGUCGGACAAGCAAGGUGGAAGACGUUCAUGGUGACAUUCGAUCAGGAUUCGAGAAUUGAUUCGAGAAUUCUUGUGGAAUCAGAGUGA